AUGGAAGAAGGAACCAGUUUAGUCCCCAAAGUAAUUGAAACGGACCCCAUACAUGAGAUAAUUAAACCCCAAGAAGAUUCAACAAUAAGUAAAUCUGACCCCCAAAACAUCCACUACGAAGGAGAAAAUACCCCUAAAGCAAAUGAAACGGACCUCAUUAAUGAAGUAAUUGAACCCCAACAAGAAGAUUCAACGAGUAAAUUGGACCCCCAAAACAUCCACUACAAAGGAGAAGCAAAUGAAACAGAUCUCAAUAAAAAAGUAAUUGAACCCCAACAAGAAGAUGCCACAAGUAAUUUUGACCCCCAAAACAUCCACUAUGAAGGAGAAAUUGCCAUCUACACAGACAAAACCACAAAUUUCCAAUACCAGUGGGACAAAGACAAAUCUGAAUGGGUCCCAACCCCAAAAAAAACCUCCUACUCCUUUGAAGACGACACUCACGUCUACACCGACUCAGACGGCACCAAACUCUUCUGGGACAAAGAAAAACACGCUUGGUUUCCUAAACUAGACGAAGACUUCAUGGUUGCCUACCAAAUGAAUUACGGUUUCACCAAACCUGAAGACCCCAAACCUGAAAUUGACCCCACUCUAACAAAACCAAUUGUUGCAGCAGAAAAACGCAAAGCAUCUGAGCCUACUUGGUUUGAAGUGGAUCAGAAUCAAAACACAAAUGUCUAUGUUGCCAAUUUACCUUUAGACAUUGAAGAGCAAGAAUUUGUAGAUCUAAUGCAAAAAUGCGGCCUGGUAAUGCGUGACGUGCAAACAGGCAAAUUCAAAGUCAAAUUGUACCGAGAUCAAGGUACUGGGGACCUCAAAGGCGACGCUCUUUGCACCUACAUAAAAAUCGAAAGUGUAGACUUAGCAUUAAGUUUAUUAGAUGGUUAUGAAUAUAAAAAUAAGAAAAUUAAAGUUGAAAGGGCCCAGUUUCAACUUAAAGGGGCCUACGACCCGAAGCUGAAGCCCAAAAUGAAAAAGCGCAAAGACAAGUUGAAGCUGAAAAAGCAACAAGAGAAAUUAUUUGAUUGGAGGCCUGAAAAAAAACUGGACGAACGUGCCAAACAUGAAAGAAUUGUCAUAAUUAGGAACCUGUUUGACCCAAAACUAUUUGACAAAGAUGUUAGUCUUAUUUUAGAAUUCCAACAAGAUCUUAGGGAGGAGGCAGGUAAAAUUGGAGAAGUGCGUAAAGUUACUAUUUACGAUAGGCAUCCAGAGGGGGUGGCUCAGAUUAGCAUGGCGCAGCCAGAGGAGGCUGAUCAGGUGGUUAAAAUGCUUAAUGGUAGAUGGUUCAUGAAACGACAACUAACUGCAGAGAUUUGGGAUGGCAAGACCAAGUUUAAGAUUGCAGAAACUGACUCGGAGAUUAAUCAAAGGUUGGAGGGGUGGGAUAAGUUUUUGGAGGAAGAAGAAGAGGAGGAAAAUGAUAAAAAUUGA